AUGCAGAUCCGACCAUCCCUCGGCGGGUGCCUCCGCCACGGCGGUGCCGGUGACCAUGCUGCCCGUCCGAUGUCACGGCUGCGCGCCGCACAGCUCCUCGUGUCGACUGCUGUUGCGUGUGUGGUGCUGUGCUGCGCACCGUGGGCGCUGGCGGAGAUCACCAAGGACGCCGAACGGGAGCCGGUAUACCUUCUGAACGCUAUGUAUUCGACCGAGACUAACACCGAUAAUGACGCCAAGGCCCUGUGGAAAGGCAUGGACAUGGCUUUCUACAACUCCCAGUACACGGCCGCCGGUGGGCGGCCCAUCAAGAUCCUUCAUCCCGACCCUGACCAGGACAACCUGGAUGACGUAGCGGAGGUGAUACUUCACUCCCUCGCCCGUCAAGAGAAGCUGCUCACCGUGCUUGGGCCGUACUUGGAUGGACGCCUUACGGCAGCCCUAAGUAAUGCUGAUGUGGUCCAAUCUGGGCUGAUGAUGCUCGCUCCCUUCACCGGCUCCUCCCGCGUGCGCACCUGGAGCGACUCUGUGUACUUCACCCGCGCUGAGCCGAUGGUGGAGCUCAAGGCUGUCCUUCAAUACGUUCUCAACAGACUCCGUGCUCGCCGUGUUGCCUUCAUGCGCUUGACCGGUAUGCAUUUCGGCAGGGAGGAGAUGACGUACGUGCAGGACACGCUCGCGUCCUUGUUGCGCGAGCCGGCCGCCUUGUAUACCGUGCCGUACUCCGACAUCAAUGUGGAGGUGGAUGAGGAAGCCUUUGACGCGAUGGCGGACACGCACCCGCAGGUGGUCAUCUUGUGGGCUGCACCCGUGCAGCAGGUGAUCCAUUUCCUCGAAAAGGUGCUGACGGACCCGCGUACGUCGUCGGCGUACAUCAUCUCCUGCUCAAUGAUACAGCGGGUUGUGCUUGAUGUGUACAGGCGCCUGCUGAGAGCGGGCAGCAUUGAGCCGGUGGACGGUCGGGUGCUCGCGAGUGCCACGACGGCCCCAGUCAGUGAGGAGAGGCUGGAGUACAUGGAGGUGUUCAAGGUGCAGAUGCGCCACUACAUCGAAAACUCUGGCAGCUUUGACUACUAUCCCGACGACGACAGUACGGAGACGCCGGGGCAGAGAGCGCGGUCUGAGGCGCCGCCUUCUCGGAAUUACACGGUGGAGGAGUUCUUUCAGGCGCAUCCGAGUAUUUCGAAACUGAUGGUGCUGGGGUGGCUAUCGGGGUCGCUUGUGCAGCAGACGCUCGAGAAGACGGACUGGAUUGUGAACCGGUCGACGUACAAGGCCGGACUGUUCAACCAGAACCGGUUCGUCAUCGGUGGCGACUACGUGCUAGGCGACUACGGUGGCCCGUGCGAACUGAUCGCGCAGUUCCUGGGUGCGAGCUGCUACUGCAACCAAGGCGGUCACUCGGCGAUCAUGACGGUCUUGAAGAACACAUCGUGGGAUAGCGUGCCGAGCUCGAGCUUUAGGUACCCGCAAUCGGAGUGCAGCUCAUCGAGAAGUGAUAUCGUGAAGGCGGUGAGUGUGUUGGCGCUUCUACACCAGGGCUAUCCGAAGCUGGUCGAUGCGGGUAUGCAGCUCAACGAGGUACUGCCCAUUGUGUCCAACGAAAACUCCUGCAAAGAGUACGCGGUGAGAUCGAUAUUUCUGAACGUAGAGACGGCGGAAGCGCAGCCGCUGUUUGACGCGGAGGUGUCGAACUAUUCUGUCGACAUCGUUGCCGGGCCCAUCUUGGAGGCACUCAACGUUGGCGAAGUCUUCGUGUUAAGCCCGCUGUACAACCUUCCACAACUGCGGACGCAGAGGCGCAACUACGUGUACCUGAUGCCAACGUUGGAGCAGGAGAUUUACGUCCUGUACUCGAGGAUCGACGCUCUCCGCACCAAUACGAAUGUGGGUGAGGACACGGCCGUGGUGUUACGCGGGUACUCCGCAGAGGAGGUAGAUGGCAUUUCAGAGAUUCUGUACAAGACGGCGGGCACCUUCAACUUGCCGGACCCGUCCAUCACCACCAUUUCCUUCACGGACAGCUUGAGCGGCGUACUGUCAACACGGGCCCUUAAUCUCGUCCUUGGCAUGAAGGAUGGCGACAGCGUUCACUUUUCGAAAUUCCUUGCCAAGCACACCGAUGCCAGGAUUUUGGUGUGCUUUGAUGAACUGACGAUGUACUACGAGGAGCUUCGGUCAGUGUUUUCCGUGCAGCCAACGUCUGUGCAGGCGCGACUGAUGUCGCUCAACAGCCUGCCACUGUGGACCGACACGUCGGCCGACGCAGAGGCUCGCUGGCCGAUUCUUUGGCGCUUCCACAAAAUCUUCCCCGACCCCGCUGACCACACGCCGUCUCUGCUGCGUGACGUGAUCAUAGCCGGCUUCAUUCGGGAGCUGGUUUUCACGACGACUGUGGCGGAGACGAAGCUGCUAACGGAUGCGGUGUACAUCAACGGUGGGGUCACGACGGACGGCUUUACGCUCGGCAAUUUCGAAUGGGGCUGCACGGCGACGACUAACGGUGAAUCGUGCGUGUACAAGAACUACGGCGCGUCGAACAUUGAGAUAUUGUCGAUGCAGCGGAUGCUGGACCCGACGGUGCCGCAGGUUUCUUCUCCCAGCACACCGACGAUGGAGUAUCGGCCACGCCAGAGGUCGCAUGCGCUGACACCUGCGCAACGCGCCGGCGUUAUUGCUGGCUGCGUCGUGGGUGGUGUGGUGCUGAUCACAACUUGCACGCUGAUUCUGUGCUGCUGUAUCGACAGCCGCGACAACGACGCCGCGCCGAAGGACGGUGACGAGCCGGUGACGCUGGUCUUCACGGACAUCGAGAGCAGCACUGCACUGUGGGCGGCGCUGCCGCAGCUGAUGACUGAGGCGAUUGCUGCGCACCACCGUGUGAUCCGGCAGCUGGUGAAGAAGUACGGGUGCUACGAGGUGAAGACGAUCGGCGACUCGUUCAUGAUCGCGUGCAAGAGCGCGCACAGCGCUGUGAGCCUUGCGUGCGAGAUCCAGACGAAGCUGCUGAGGCACGACUGGGGUACUGCGGCGCUGGACAGCGCGUACCGCAAGUUCGAGCUUGCGCGCGUGGACACUCUGGACGACUACGUGCCGCCGACUGCGCGGCUGAGGGGGGAGGAGUACGCUGCGCUGUGGUGCGGGCUGCGCGUGCGCGUGGGGAUCCACACGGGGCUGGCCGACAUCCGGUACGACGAGGUGACGAAGGGGUACGACUACUACGGUGACACGCCGAACAUGGCUGCGCGCACGGAGGCUGUUGCGAAUGGCGGGCAGGUUAUCGCGACGGAGGCGGCGUGGUGGGCGCUGUCGAACGACGAGCGCGCGGGCAUUGCGCACACGGCGAUGGGGCCGCAAGGGCUGCGCGGCGUGCCGUUCGCGGUGGAGAUGUUCCAGCUGAACGCUGUGCCUGGCCGCCGUCACGCUGCGCUGCGCACUGAGAUCGAGGCGAUCGUGCCGGAUGAGACAGCGACGGAGACGGCCUCGAGCGCUGCAGGCGCGCUGCUGUCGUCUGUGGGGACGAUGAACGGCCCUGCUGCUGGCGUUGCCUUCGUGCUGGCGAGCUGCUUUGCGCCGUACCCCGUUGCGCAGCGCGUGCGGGAGCUGCAGCCGCUGCUGGGCAAGUGGGGCGUUGGCGCGCCGCCGCGGAGUUGUGCUGUGAGCGAGGAGGACUACUGCCAGGGGCUGGUGAACCGUCUUGCGGUUCGCAUUACGACGGUGUUGCAGGCCCGCCAGCAGAUGCGCAACAACGAGGCUGGGGUGUCAGGAGAUAUACAGAACUUUAUCUCUAGUGGAUUGCUGAACCCGUUCCUGGGUGAGGGCAGCUUUGUCGCAGACGGCGCGAGGGCACGGCAUUCGGGGCUGACAGCGGUGCCGCCCUCUGCGGAACCGUCUGCGAUGCGCGAGUCGCGUCUCUGGAGACGACCGGUCUCGGGUGGUUUCUUACCGUUGGCGACGUUGGUAGGAAAGGAUCACUGCAGUUUGAGCUUCGCGGGGUUCCAUGAUGAGGUGGUGCCCUUCACAGCUCAGGCGUCGCGGCGGCCUUCAGAGGCGCACAAUUCGCGGAGUGCGAGCGUGUCUUGCGAGGUGGUCGUUGUGCGAAUGCCGAUGAAGCUAGGGUGCCGCCGCCGCCCAAGCUUGCUGGAGCCGUUGGCGGAGGAUGUGACCGAUGAGGCGUAG